UGUUGCAUAGGUUUUCAUUCCACUGACGGGGGAAAACUUGGUGCAAUUUUUCCAUUAUGCAUUCCAUCUCAUAAGCACCACUAAAUAUUCCGUUAAAAUCUCAAUCGUAGAUCCCAAUAAUUCACACAAUCUGAAUCAGCGGUUCAACUGUCAAUUCAUACAAUACCUCCUCCAACCCCACUUUUUUCUUUUGCUUUUCCAAAGGAAAGUAAAAGGAAUCUAAAAUCCCUUUAUUCAUCACCUCCCCGGAAGAACUCCGGCAGGGCGGAGCUCGGCAAAAUGCUAGUGGAGAAAGUGGCUCCGUUGGAGGUUGAUGAUGACACCACCACAAACCAAGAAACCAGUGAACAUGAUGCAAUCUCAGAGCCAAAAUCUCAAGGAUGUGAUGAAUUUUGCAUAUUUGAAAUCAAGAAGUUGACUAAAUUUCGUUGCAGGGUGGAAGAUGCAAUUCUUGAAAAUACCCUGUUUGGGAAAAAGAAAAAGAAAUUCUUUUCCAAAGGAUAUGACAAGAAAAAUGAAGAUAAUUUGAAGGGCAUUACUUUAUGGGGUGUCCCUUUAUUACCUAGCAAAGGUCAUCAAGGGACAGAUGUUGUCCUAAUGAAAUUCUUGAAGGCAAAAGAUUACAAGGUGUCUGAUGCAUUCAAAAUGCUGCGCAGAAUGCUGAAAUGGAGAAGGGAUUUUGGAGCUAAUGAAGUUCUUGGAGAAAAUUUCGAUCCCGGGCUCGAAAAUACUUUGUUCUUGAAUGGCAAGGACAAAGAAGGCCGCCCUUUGUGUUACAAUGUGUUGGGGGAGUUUGUUGAUAAGAAAUCCGGGAACCAGUUCAAUGAGAAAAGAGAGGCGUUUUUGAAUUGGAGAGUUCAUUGUUUAGAAAAAGGGAUGCAGAAUCUUGAUUUUAAACCAGGUGGGGUGGAUUCAAUUGUUCAGAUCACAGAUUUGAAGAAUUCUCCAGGGCAUGCCAUGAAUGAAGUUAGGUGGAUUAGCAAGAAAUGGCUGAUGCUGCUUCAUGAUAAUUACCCGGUAAUCGUUCACAAGAAUUUUAUUAUAAAUGUUCCUGGAUGGUUUCUGGCUCUGCACGCUCUAAACUUGAGGCUCAUUACCCAAAAGAGCAAGAACAAGUUUGUUUUCGUCAAGUCCUCAAGAGUUGCAGAAACCCUUCUCAAGUAUGCCACUCCAGAAAACUUGUUAGUUCAAUAUGGUGGCCUUAUGAGAGAAAAUGACACCGAGUUCUCAAUAGAUGACAAAGUUCUUGAAAUAAAUGCUAGAGCAAAUACAACUGAGGGCAUUCAGAUACCUGUCAAUGAGGUGGAUGUGACGAUGACUUGGGACGUAACUGUGGUUGGGUACGAGGUGACAUACAAAGAGGAAUUCAUUCCGGACGAUGAUUGUUCGUACAAGAUUUUGCUUCAGAAUGAGAAGAAAAUGGGUGGAAGUGUAAGAAAUUCAUUUCACAUUAGAGAACCUGGGAAAAUAGUGAUAACAAUAGGGAAUUGGACUUUCAAGAAGAAAAAAGUUUUCUACAGGUACAAGAGUAGGCCUAGCGUCCCAAUGUAUAUGUUGAGGACAUGAUACACCAAACUUUAUCUUCUGAUAUUGAAGUAUAUGGACAAUGAAAUUGUGUGUAUAAUGUAUAUAAUUUUGGUUAUUGUGUUGUUGA